UUGUUGUCCUCAUCCACCCCAUCAGGAGCUGGACUGCUGGAAUGUGAGUGGUCUUUGGUUCCUUGCUCCCCCCUCUUCCUCUUCCUGUGCCGCAUGCAUGUCUUGGAUCCUCUCGCCUUGGUUUCUUGCUCAGAUUCUUGCAGCUGCUGCACAUUCACGGGCUCUUAAAAGUUCCUGCCUUGUGUCUGUGAGCUACACUCUGGGGCUGGGCCUGGAGAAAUCCUUCUGGAUUUUGGUAUAAUCUUGCUUUCAGUCCCCCCAGCCUUGAAAAUAAAAAUCCAGCCUUUGGUUCAGUUCUUGGAAAUGUUUCCCCUCUUUCAGUUCUUGAUUCGCUUCAGUUUUAGCGGCGACCAUUCUCCUUCCUCUGCAUUUUCCCCCAUGUCAUCCUGCACAUUCUACUGUUUCUGAAGAUUUUUCUCCCCUAUCGCUGCAUGAUUUGAUUUGAUGCCCAGCCUAUCUACUUAUUUCUUGGUGCUCUUGAUUGCAGCAGGCUGUUAGGUGAUUAAUCACAUCCAUCCUAGAGAACAUCGCACUGCGGUGGUGGUUGCUGCCGGGCCGGCGCAGUGAUGAGCUUCAGGAACCACCAAGACGGAUUUGGGACCCAGCUCGCCGCUGCGGGCCACGCCUCCAGUGGAGCGCAGCCGCUGCCGUGGUGGGUCGGGAACCAGCUGCUGUACGGCGAGGCAAUGGGGCAGGGGAGGCCGGCGUCGCCGGAGGAUGCGUGCCGGGACGGCCAGUUCCAGGUUGUGCCGAGGGCCCAGGCGCUGCUGGACGCGGCUCCGGUGCCGCCGCCGCAACAGCAGCUGAUGAGCGAGAGGGGCAUCCCUGAAGUGAUGAAGUUCUCCAUGGCUCAUGGUAAGGGAGUAAAAGGUUCUGAGCACACUGCCACUAUCGCUCUGCAGUCACCAUUCGUGGAAUAUAGUGAUCGUUUUGAGUUGGGCCUUGGCCAAACUAUGGUUUCCUCCAAUUAUCCUUAUGCUGAUCAUAACUAUGGCGUACUUGCUCCUUUUGGAAUGAGAUCAACGACUGGCAGUAUGCUAAUACCACUGAAUAUGCCAGCUGAUGCACCAAUUUAUGUGAAUGCAAAGCAAUAUGAAGGCAUCCUCCGCCGCCGUCGUGCUCGCGCCAAGGCAGAGAAGCAGAAUAGGCUGAUCAAAUCAAGAAAGCCAUAUCUUCACGAGUCACGCCAUCUUCAUGCAAUGCGUCGCGCAAGAGGCUCCGGUGGACGCUUCCUCAACACAAAGAAAGAGAUCAACGGGAAGGAGGCUGAUGUUGGGAACAAGGCGAUGGACAGCAACCCGCUUAUGCGCUUAGCUGCAUCUCCCAGUUCAGUGAUCCAGCACUCUGAGCAGGGCAACCCAAGCAGCGUGUCCAGCCUGUCUGGCUCAGAGGUGACAAGCUUGUACGACCAUGAAGACGUGGGCCACUACCACGGCUUUGAGCACCUCCGCACACACUUCUUCACCCCGCUCCCGAGCAUCAUGGACGGCGAGCAUGGGGCUGGCAACCCCUUCAAGUGGGCAGCAGCCUCUGAUGGCUGCUGCAACCUCCUCAAAGCAUGACAUGAGGGGGGUACUGGGCAGCCGAGAGAUGGCGUAAACCGGCAGCAUCUGCUGCCGGCACUGUCCAUCUCUAGGUCAGGGAUUGCCCCUGCCGUCGUCUGGCUGUCCGUAGGCAAUUCAUUCUUGGCUCAUGGCAUCGGUAGUGCUCCCGCUCAUCGCCUACUUGUCCUAGUUUUCUGGGACCCUGUGGUGAGUGGAACACCCCCUUUGCCAUAAAAAAUAUCGUAUAAGUUAGUACUGCUUGCUGCCAUUAGGUAGCAGACUUAAGCUUUGGUCUGAAUAAAAUGUCUGGAACUUCAGACUAGUUGGUGUGGUAUUGGUAUCGAAGUAUGUAUGGAGUAUGUAUGGAGUACUGGAGUCAGUCCAUUUUGUUUGGAGAACAAUGGAGCUCUGGAGUAUGUUAUGUACUGAGACUUGGUGAUGUACUGUAGUAGUGAGCUUGGAGAUUGUGUAAACUUGUGUUUUGUUGUAAUCUUGUCUAAGUAACUCGAAUUUAGGCAUGUAUUCCUUCGAGGUUGGUUUGUGAUGUCUGAUUUA